AUGCUCUUCCAGAACAAGAGCCGCCUCAUCCGCGCCGUGAGCUGGAUCCCGGUGUUCCUCGUGACGCUCCUCAUCUCGCUCGAGUACUAUGUCUUUGUCGAGUACCACAUCCGCGCCAAGCUCUCGGCCGGCACGGACGAGCCGCUGGGCCUCGCGCUCCAGUUCAUCGUCUUCAACGUGCUCGUGGGCCUCACCGUCAUCUCGUACUACCGCGUCGUCACGACAGAUCCGGGCUUUGUCAACGAGAUCAUGGCCGAGAAGCUCCGCCAGGAGGCAAGCGAGUGCGGCCUCGUGAUGCCUGUGUGCCGCGCCUGCAAUAAGCCCAAGCCCGUGCGCGCGCACCACUGCAGCGUCUGCCGCAUGUGCGUCAUGAAGAUGGACCACCAUUGUCCGUGGGUCGGCAACUGCGUCGGGCUCGCCAACUACAAGUACUUUUACCUCUUUGUCAUCUACGGCGCGCUCGGCUGCGGCAUGAUCCUCAUCACCAUGUUCCCGGCCUUUGAGCGCGCCAUCAACCAUACGACGGUGGAGAUGCCCAUGACGGCGCUCCUCGGGUUCGUCAUGGCCGGCAGCGUGACGCUGUCGCUGCUCAUCUUUACGGGCUUCCACACCUUCCUCAUCCUGCGCGGCCUCACAACGCUCGAGAUGAACGUCUACGGUAUGCGCAGCCCGUACCGACUCCCCACGGUCGUUGAAAACUGGUGGUCGGUCUUUGGGACGCACCGAGCGACGUGGUUCUUGCCCGUGCCCGCCGUCGACGCCGACGAUGGGCUCACGUGGAUGCAGCCGACGCGCAUGCCAUCGCGCAUCAUGAUGUCACAUGCGAUCGACGACUCGGACGACCACGAGGGCUCGAUGCUCAUGCAUCUCUAA